CCUGAAUAAAAUUGUUGCCAUUUCGACUCGACCCGGCUGGCCUGCUUUUCUUUGUUUGUUUGUUCGUCUCCCACCUCCACCUCCGCCUCCGCCUCGCGAGAUCUCCCGACUCCAAUGCCGCCCGCCUCCCCCCGCUCCUCCUAAACCUAGCCCCAACCCAGCCCCCCUGCAGAAGCCGGCGGCCAUGUCGAUGGAUCGGGAGAAGGAGCGGGAGGCGGAGCUGGAGGGCGCCAUGUACACCAACUGCCUCCUCCUCGGCCUCGAUCCCGCCGUCCUCGGCUCCCCCGCCGGCGCCGGCGCCGCCCCCGCGCGCGUCGGCCUCUUCCGCCACUCCAACCCUCGCCUCGGCGAGCAGCUCCUCUACUUCCUCCUGUCCUCGCUCCGCGGCCCCGCGCAGUCCGCCAAGGACUUCGACAAGGUGUGGCCCAUCUUCGAUUCCGCGCAGUCCAGGGAGUUCCGCAAGAUCGUGCAAGGCGUCAUCAGCGAGCUGGAGCAGCAGGGGGCGCUGCCGCGGAGCAACUCCAGGGUUUCGUCCCUCGCCACCUGCUGCGGGCCGAGGUUCGUUGAGCUUUUGUGGCAGCUCUCUGUCCAUGCCUUGAGGGAGGUCCACAGGAGGACGUUUCCGGCUGAUGCGGCAUCAAAUCCACUGCCGGCGGCGCUCACAGAUGUCUCUUAUCUUCAUGCUGCUGCAUUGCUUCCUGUAACCAAGGCAAGGAUUGCUCUCGAGAGGAGAAAAUUUCUAGAAAAUGCAAAUAUUGCUGUUCAAAGGCAAGCAACCUGGUCCAAUUUAGCACAUGAAAUGACUGCUGAAUUCCGAAGUCUAUGUGCUGAAGAGGCAUGUCUGCAGCAGGAGUUAGAGAAGCUACAAGUUAUGAGAAACAAAGCCAAGCUAGAGGGGGAGCCGUGGGACGAACGCAUCUCAAGCUCGUCUGGACAGAAUUCACAUUUGGUAUCUAAGGCAACACGUUUGUGGGAAUCGAUAUUGGCUCGCAAAGACCAGCAUGAGGUUUUAGCUUCCGGUCCAAUUGAAGAUCUUAUAGCUCAUCGUGAGCAUAGGUAUCGUAUAUCUGGAUCGCAGUUGCUAGCAGCAAUGGAUAUGGGUUCAAGUUUGGACAAGCAGGAGCAGAUAUCUUUGUUCCAGGGAAAGGAAGAAGCCCUUUCAAGAUUGGAUGAUAGGAAUGGGCGUGCCCAACAAACUGUUGACGUAGCUGAAAUUCUUCGACGGUGGACUCAUGCUUUGCAGCGUAUUCAUAAACAAUCUCUUCAUUUGGCCAAAGCAAAUGAUGGGGAGGGGCCAGAAUUACUCCGUAGUGCGUCUGACGGCGAAAGUAGUAGCCAUGCUGACUCAUUAACUGCAACACUGGCCGAACAUCGCCAGCAUUUAGUCAGUAUACAGGGCCUAAUUAAUCAACUCAAGGAAGCUAUUCCAGCAAUGCAGCAGUCAAUAGCAGAACUUUCAGAAGAAGUGAAUAGUGUACCUAGUAAUCCAAUGGAUCAAACAAACUCCAGACAGUUAUCUGUGCAAAAUACAGUGCUUGGAAGAUCAGAAGAAAGCAGCAGCGAAGUUUCAGAGAUGACUUCUAAGCUCUCUUCAAUGCGCAUUGACAAGGCUGGGAGUAGUCCUGCUCUGAAGCUUCCUCCUUUAUUUAGCCUGACUCCAAGUUCUUCUGGAAAAGGAACACAGACACAAAGACGGAAUGCCCUAGCACGCCAACCUAGCAAAGAAAUUAUGCCGGAAGAGAAAGCACUUAUUGACCUCUCAACCAAAGAUCAAGCAAAUGGUUCAGUGCACGAAAAUGAUGGUUAUUUUGCCCAUGACAUCAGACGUUCUGUUCGUGAAGCUGCUCUGUCAAAGCCAUUGAGCAGCAGGGAGAGUGCACAGGACAAGAGUAGUGACGAUGGUUCAGAGCACUUUUUCAUUCCCCUAUCAACAGUUGCUUCAAGGAAGGAUGUGGGUGCUGUGGCAAAUCGAAGAAAACAAAGGACAGGUCUACCGUCGUCACAGCCGAAGUUGCCCAAGAGCACAGGUGAUCCUUACUUCAAUCCUGACAGCCCAAUGCCUGCAGUCCCAGCUCUGUCAGGUAAACUGAAUGGUUAUGAUGAUCCAAGCAGUGCUACAAACUUAUUUGAUCCAGUCAGUAGUCAAUCGUUUAUGACGGAUGAUGCUCUUGAUCAAGUGUUCUCCCCGCCACUUAUGUUGGAGCCUUCCUUGUUCCACGACACGUACGCGUACGAGGACUUGCUUGCACCAUUAUCAGAAACUGAUGCGGCUUUAAUGGAACAUUAGGCUUCACGUGUACAACAUGUAAUGCUUUAACCACUGCCUGAAGCUUCAGUGCUGAAGUGCAGCCCAGAGGUUCUGAUGGAUUAUGUCCAACUGUGGGGACAUACGGGGUUGACUCUUUGGAAUUCUUUUGCUGGUUAAGUUGCAUGCCAGUUGCCACCAGCUCGUGAGAGGAAUCAGGGAUGCUUCUGCAUCCGAUGUUGGGCGAUUCUGUUUGGAGAGAAGGGCGCCAAGAGGUGAUAUGGAUGUAUGGGAUAGUGUGUGCAGUAAAAAGAUGCCCGAUCUUAUGUAUUUAGUGUAUACAUCAUUUGCAUUUGUGUUGUAGUGAUUUUAUCCUCUUAUUCAAGUGCCUGUUUUGAUGUCUUUGUGCCAGUUGUUAUGCUGCGGGUGUUGUGUGAUUCUUCCAUAUCUUAGGGCUGUCAGGCUAUCGGAGUGUGAUGGACUGAGAAAAUGGUUCCUUUCUUUGGGAAGGAACUCUGGUACUCCCUCCAAUCUGUAUUAAUUGUCGCUGAUUUA